GGAAGAUUUAGGCGAUCAGGUUGCUGUUUAAUCUGGUUUGAAUGUUUUCUCUUCUGUGAAUUGGAACUAAAAUAAAAGUUUAAAAGAAGCAUAAAUAAUGAGGAGAAUCUGAAACAGACUACCUCUUUGUGCGUUGAGGUUGACUCUUAGCCAUGAAUGCGGAUGAACUAAACAUGACUGAUAAGGAACAUUUUCCUCUCCAAGAUGGACCUUUCAACUGCUGUUCAUUUAUAAGUGAUGGGAAUCUCUGGACAUUGGAUGACAGCACAAAACUGGUUGGAGUUCAAGUUGUUCUCAUCCUCGCUUACAGCACAAUUAUCCUCUUUGGAGUCACUGGAAACUCCUUGGUGAUUUAUGUUGUCUAUAAGUUCAAAAAUCUACGCACAGUGACCAACUUCUUUAUUGUGAACUUAGCUGUGGCUGACCUGCUGGUGAACACGCUGUGUUUGCCUUUCACUCUUGUCUACCUACUUUACGAUGAAUGGAUGUUUGGUCAAGUGUUGUGCUUUUUGUUGCCAUUCGCUCAAGGCAUGACCGUACAUGUCUCCACCAUCACUCUGAACAUCAUCGCUCUGGACCGCCACAGGAGCAUCGUUAACCAUAUGGAGACCAAGAUGUCCAAAGAUAUGUGUGCUUUGGUUAUCGUCAUCUCAUGGGCCCUCAGUGCCUUACUGGCUAGCCCUCUUGCCAUUUUCAGGGAGUAUGGUUCCUUUAAACUUUCCCCAGAAGAGUCCCUGCAGGUGUGCACAGAGAAGUGGCCGGACAGCAGUAUGAAUGGAAAGAUCUACAGCUUCUCAAUGCUUGUGGUUCAGGUGGUUAUACCUCUUCUUAUUAAUUCUGUUGCAUAUAUUCGCAUUUGGAACAAGCUAAAGAAACACAUGACAUGUGGACGUAAUGACAACCAGCGAAGGAGAAAGACCACCAAGAUGAUGCUGACCAUGGUGGUAGUCUUUGCUGUGAGCUGGUUGCCUUUCCAUGCAUUUCAGCUCGCUAUAGACAUUGAUAACACUGUUUUGAACAUGAACGACUUCAAGCUGGUUUUCACUGUGUUCCACAUCAUGGCAAUGUGCUCGACCUGCGUCAAUCCCAUUCUGUACGGAUGGAUGAACAACAACUACAGGACUGCUUUUUUAUCUGUGGUCAAAUGUUAUACGCCCCUUGGUGUCAAAUACAGAUCCUCGAAAAACAGAGAGAAACAAAAAGAGGAGGACAAGGAUUGUACUGACUUCCAAUCAACAAAUCUCUAA